GUGUCGCUGUGAGCGUCUAAGUCCCGUUCCUCCACACAUGGACAGAAACAGAAGAAGACGUGCUGCAGUUUUUCUGAUUGAUGAUCUGAGCUCUCCGACUCUACUAAUCAUCUUUACAGUAAAAUAUUUCUGACAGGGUUUUACCUCCACAGUUCCAUCUGAUCCGUUGUGGUGUAUUUCAGGUGCUUAACUGUGUUCUGCUGGAAAGAUCAAGUCUCUCUCUAGUUAUAUAUGCAACUCCCGAUGUUCUAAAACCCGACCCUUGAGGGACCUCGUAAUUAACUGCCAGUAAACUGGAGGAUUCACCAUUUAAACACUAUUUUAAGAAAAGGAAUGGGUAUUAAUCAGACAGGUUGUCUCCUGCUCCGGCUUUGGUGGCUCUGCAGCUGUGGGACUGGUUUAGUGAUUCGGUCAGAAAUUUUACCAACCUGCCACUGUUCUGCCCCUGAACAAGGGUCCUAACCCUCUCUGCUCUACUCUGCUCCGGCCUGUCAUGCACUCUGACCCAUAAGAACUUCAGACAAGCAUAUCCAUUGGGUAAUCUGAUACUAACCAGAAGGUCACAAAAUGUCAUCUGAUUCUCUGCAUUUAUCAUAUACUGGUGUUAAUGUGGACAGAGAAGUUCACCAGUGCUCACUGUGUGAGAAGAGUUUCAGUAGAAAGAGUUAUCUCAGAAAACACCAGAUUGUUCAUGUAAAAGAGAAGCCGUUUCACUGCUCACAGUGUGGGAAGAGUUUCAGUAAAAACAGUUAUCUCAGAAAUCACCAGUCUGUUCAUGCAGAAGAGAAGCCGUAUCACUGCUUACAGUGUGGGAAAAGUUACCCUGAAAUGAGUAAGCUCAAGAGACACCAGCGUGUUCAUGCAGAAGAGAAGCCACAUCACUGCUCACAGUGUGGGAAGAGUUUCUAUCAAAAGAAUAAGCUCAAGAAUCACCAGCUUGUUCACACAAAAGAGAAGCCAUACCACUGUUUAGAGUGUGGGAAAGGUUUUAGUGAAAACAGGAAGUUCAAAGUACAUAUGCGUAUUCACACAGGUGAGAACCUGUAUUACUGUUUACAGUGUGGUAAAAGCUUUAAUUACCAAACUAAUCUCCGGCGACACCAGCGCAUUCACUCAGGGGAGAAACCGUAUCAGUGCAAUGAAUGUGGGAUGUGUUUUACACAAAGCAGUCAUCUCCAAAAGCACCAAUACGUUCACACUGGGGAGAAGCUGUUUCACUGUUCACAGUGUGGAAAAAAAUUUAGUCAACAGGUCGCUCUCCAAACCCACCAGCGCAUUCACACAGGAGAAAAGCCUCAUCAAUGCAUAGACUGUGGAAAAGCUUUUAGUGAGAAGAUCCGUCUCAUAAAACAUCAGCGUCUUCACACAGGAGACAAACCACAUAAGUGCUUAGAGUGUGGAAAAGCUUUUAGUGAGAAGAUCCGUCUCAUAAAACAUCAGCGUCUUCACACAGGAGAUAAACCACAUAAGUGCUUAGAGUGUGGAAAAGCUUUUAUUGAGAUCAGUCGCUUAGUAAAACACCAGCUUACUCACGUCAGUGAGAAACCAUAUCAGUGCUCACAAUGUGGGAAGGGUUUUAUACAAAACAGUUCUCUUCAGCAACAUCUCCAGAUUCAUACAGGAGAGAAGCCAUAUCACUGCUCAGAGUGUGGAAGGGAUUUUAGACAUAAGUGUAAUUUCCAACAGCACCAACUAAUUCACACUGGAGAGAAGCCUUAUCACUGUUCAGUGUGUGCAAAGAGUUUUAGGCAAAGAAAUAGUCUCAUCCAGCACCAGCGCAUUCACACAGGAGACAGAUACUGCUGCUCAGAAUGUGGGAAGAGUUUUACACAAAAGCAUUCUCUUCAUGUUCACCAACGCAUUCACACUGGACAGAAAGCUUAUUUCUGCUCAGUGUGUUGUAAGAGUUUUAGCACACACACAACUUUUCAAAGACACAAGCACGCUAAAACACAUGAGAAUGAAAACACGUUGCAGUUUUCAACAGAAAGUGCUGAAAACAACUAGUUUUAUUUUAAACAUUGUAUUCACAAUUCAAAGUCAUUUUGUACAUUUUAAAAAUAUUCCAUGCUACAGUAUUUACAAGACAGAUCACUGGAGCUUUCAUCAUCAUCAAAUCUUUUGGAUUUCCAAAUAACUUACACACCAUUUCAGGGGUUUUCCAUAAGUAAGCUAACCCUAUAAGCCAGGCUACCUCAUAACAAUUUGCCCUGCUGACUAACUAUGGAAGCAUUUGUUUUUGGACAGCCCUACACAGUGAUUGGUUAGUUUUGAAGUUUAUGUUGUUUCAUUCUAUUUCCUAACCUGUUUAUUGUCCUGUCAGGCAGAAGGGAACCAGUCUCAAAAGAGAACUGUGUACAAUAUGGUGCAACAGUUUAACAAGGAGCAUCAUUCUGGUUAUAACAUGAAGUCUGUCUUGUUAAAGUUAUCUAUCUGUUCACUGAUGGAGACUUGGGCGAGAAACGUAUCAGUUGCAGUCCAACAGUCCAAAGUCAUCUCCAUGUUCCCUAAGUGGUUUUCUUCACAGCAGCCCCAUGUAUCUCUUUACUCAAUGUGGAGCAUCUCAGCAGCAUUGAGCACCACCAAGUGAUGAGACUUCAACCAGAAGGUUGAUCAGGUGGUCCAGAAAGCUAUAGCAGUUGGACACUGGUGAGCAGGCUGGCUCACUACACAUUGGGACAUCGAUGAAUCAAUGUAAAGUUUGUUAUGAAAAAUAUUUGGAUUAUUCUGUUAUGUAUCUUUGUAACAUUUUAACUAAAUAU